CAUUGCUCUCAGUUUAACACAGGAGAUCUGACGGGAGUUUCUCACAGGACAUUUUGAUGCUGAAGGAAUGUUCACAAGAACAUCUCUUCUUGUGGUGUGAUUUCCUUCUUUUUUUUUUCUUCUUCUUUCAAACUGGAACUUUGAGGGGAAUUUAAAUUCAUUGCAUGUGGUCUACUGAGAGAGCUGCUUGAUAGACAUCAAACCAAUACAGUGCUACGCACUUUGCCAUGAGACACAACCUGCCCUGAAGGUCAUUCGACUUCAUGCAACGCUUCCCUCAUCACAUUCUACCAAUGGACCCUCAGGUGUGUCCGCCCCCUCUGAGCAGCAGCCAGUCGGUGAUCAGCGGCAUUGACAAAUCCCCAGCCAGCACGUUCAAACCCGGCCACUCACGGAACAGCAGCACAGGGUCCUCCAAACAAUCCAAACAGUCUCGUCACUGGGAGGUGAUGGACGACUUGCAGCAUAUGGAUACAGGUCCAGUUCCUGGCUCAUCUCUGGACCUCAGUAUCCCCGGGAUCUGUGAGGGCUACUUGAUGAAGAGGAGGAAGUACCCGCUCAAAGGCUGGCACAAGAGAUACUUCCUGUUGGAGAAAGGAAUUCUGAAGUACUCAAAGACACAGCAAGAUAUUCAGAGAGGGAAACUCCAUGGCUCUCUGGACGUCAGCCUGGCUGUCAUGUCCAUCAACAAGAAAUCUAAACGCAUAGACCUGGAUGCUGGAGACAACCUCUACCACCUCAAGGCAAAGAGCCAUGAACUCUUCUACAUCUGGCUGACAAAGCUGUGUGCUCAUAGAGUGUUUAGGAAAAACGAGGCAAUGAGUGUUCAUCAUGGCGUCCUUCACGCUCUCUCCUUGGGCCCGAGCACCCUGCCAGGCAUGGCCACUCUGGCCCAGAAGAACAGAGCAAUGCCUUCUCAGUACGCCAGCUCAGCAUCAGUGUACCAACAAGAGAUGGGAAGCCCCCCCCCUGCCGUUGCUUCUCACCCAGGGGUGACCAGCAAGGUGUCAGCAUGGCUGCAGCAGACCCACGACAUCGAUGCAACCUCUAACGACCUGGCUCGCUGCCAGGCAGAGCUGACAGAGCUGGCUCAGCUCAUCCAGCGACUGCAUUGGCUGGAAGGAGGGCUGCCAAUCACAAACACAGACCUGGAGAUGCGGAUCAGCAUGCAGAAUCUCUCCCUGGAGAAACCCAAAAGGAAAGUGGGGAAAGGGGUUGGUCACUCCAGGACUUUGUCCCGUGUUGAAGCCAUGGGGGGAUUGUUCACUUCCAGCCACUUGAGCACUAACAACAGCUCUGGUUUGGGAUCAUCCGUUCAAUCCAUCCCUGGCUACGUCUACUCCCAGCUGUCCAACCCUCAGGUCACCUCACCCGAGGCCAAGAAGCUUCACCAUGACAUCUGCACUGCUUCUCAGAGGGUUCACACUUCUCUCAAGUCCAUUCACGAUGUUUUGACCUUGGAGAGGGAGAGAGUUAGGCAGGCCUGGACCGCUCCGGACCUGAGGCAAAACACCUCACAGCAGCUCGCUACACUGUGCACCACACUGUCUGAGCUUGACAUACAGUCACGUCUGACCAAAGUCCACUCGCUUUCCUUGUCCUCUGACUCUACUGAGGAAUCCUUCUGCACCGUCCGUCCUGACCAGAGAACACCGUCUACGGGUCGUCACUGUCGCCGUGCACCCUCAGUGGCAGAAUCCAUGGCAGAGUAUUUUGAUGCCAGUGAGGUGAUAGUGUGCGAGACCUCAUCGGAGGCCGAGGCUUCGGAUGAGUCCGGCCUGAGCGACAUCACCACCACGAGCACCUCAGAGCCUGAGGAGGGACAUGCCACUGCCACCCGCCGUCGCACUGCCCUUCCCGCCCCAGGAUCAGACAACAGCCACAUCGGCAUCAUGACCAUCCUGUACAACAACAUCGGCAAGGACCUGUCCAGAGUCUCCAUGCCGAUCGCUCUCAAUGAGCCAUUGUCUUUGCUGCAGAGAAUGAGUGAAGAGCUGGAGUACUCAGAGCUACUGGACAUCGCCAACCAGAUUGAUGAUCCAUAUGAGAGAAUGGUUUAUGUAGCAGUGUUCUCCAUAUCUGGAUAUGCCUGGGCAACCUGGAGGUAUGGCUACAAACCAUUCAACCCUGUUCUGGGAGAGACCUACGAGAAUCCCAGAGAAGACAGAGGCUUCCACUACGUCGGUGAACAGGUCAGCCAUCACCCUCCCAUCUCCGCCUGCCACGCAGAGUCCGAAAACUUCACUUUCUGGCAAGAUCAGAGAUGGAAGUACAAGUUCUGGGGGAAGUCGGUGGAGAUCAUCUCUUCUGGAAUGGUCAAUGUUACCCUGCCCAAGUACGGUGAUCACUAUGAAUGGAACAAGGCAGUGACCUGUAUCCACAACGUGCUGAGUCAGCAGCGCUGGUUGGAGCACUAUGGUGAGGUGGUUAUCAGAAACACAAAGAGCGAUGUCUGCACCUGCAAGAUCACCUUUGUCAAGUCUCGCUACUGGAGCUCAGACAACAGUAAGAACGAGGUGCAGGGCGUGGUUCUAGAUCGGGCCGGAGAGGUGGUUCAUCGUUUUGGAGGCCUCUGGCACGAGGGCAUCUUCUGUGAUACCCUGCCUACACCCAAGUGCAUCUGGAAGCCCAACGUGCAGCCUGACGACUACUCUGACUUUUACGGCUUCUCGCAAUACGCCAGAGAACUAAAUGAACUGACACCUAAGCUGAAGGCAAUCCUCCCGCCUACAGACACCCGCUUCAGACCAGACCAGAGGCUCCUGGAGGAGGGGAAGUUAGCAGAGGCAGACAAAAUGAAGGAUGAGGUGGAGGAGAAGCAGAGGGAGAGGAGGAAGGAGAUGGCCAAGAGAGGGGAGGAGCACAUCCCCAGGUUCUUCAGGAAAACUCUGGAUAAGGCCGGCAGAGAGGUGUGGCUGUCCAAUGGAACCUACUGGAAGCUCCGCAAAGACCCAGGCUUCACCAAAACUGAAAACCUGCACCUGUGGUAGAACACUGCACCUAGUGUGAAAUGAAACUAGCCAGGUGCUAAACACAUGGUAAUGUGAUGAAGAGGAACAAUAACGGCCUUCAGUCAGUAAAAAUUAUGAAUUGUACCUAUUAGUCUAAUAAUCUGUGCAUGAAUAUACUCUAGUAACUGCCAUUACUGUGAGGAUGAAGAGAACAGCGUUUGGAAGCAUAAAUGAACCCCUCAUUGGGUUUUUUUAGUGCCAUGUAGGGGUGAGGUGCCACUAUGGAACAAAUGAAGACUGAUUUAGACGAGGCCGGAUGUUUCCAACCUUUCGCCUACCUCUUUCCAUAAUGGAGACCUUCAAAAUAAUAAUUCAUGAUUCAAAAGCAAAUCUUAACUUGAAAUCCAGUUUUAUUGCUGCCCUAGAGAAAAUUAUGGGUUAAAGUUUUUCUGUCAGGACUGAGGCCUCUCUGUGUAAAGUGUCAAAUAUUUGUGGGACAAAUGUCAGAUUAUAUGUUUUGUUAAUUUUAACAGAUCUGUAUAAAUAUUUUUAGUCAGGCUCAUUUUUAUGACAUUGUGAUGAGCUCAGGAAUAGUCUGAGAAGAUAGAUUCCUGCGGAGGGAUCCAGAACACAUGCAGGGCUUAUUCUGGUGCCUGUGGGGUAUAUUAUAGGUGAACUGGUGCUGUCCUGCUUGUUUUCUCAGUGGGUCUUACUGUAUAAACUUGUGUUGAUUUGUAAAUUCAGUGUGUAUUUUCUGACGUUUAGUUGUGACACAUUGGUGACACACUGGUGAUGCAUUGUUUUUCCAAGCUGUCCUUGCGCUGUUUAACCCUAGCAGCCACGUAAGCUGUCUUCCUCUCGCCUGUAUGCAUUGUUCAUGUCCAAAAUGAGCUGACAGACGAGGAUUGUGUCUCUUGGACCUUUAUGCUAUCAGUUGAUGCAAUGAUGUAUUUUUAUUGAUGUUUCAACAAUGGAUUUUAAUAAGGAAAAGAGACUACUGUUAAAACUCAGUGAAAUGUUUUCUUCUUAAUGGUUUAGUUUCAAAUAAAAGGUUCAAUAAUCAA